GCUUAUGCGAACGGCUUGUUGACAUCAUCAUCAGCUGACAGGAAGGGGCCACAGGAAGGAUUUCGUGUUUGUCUGUGUUUUUUGCGCUGAUUAUGGGAUGUUUUCUCAGAACUGAUGCUUGAUGAAAUGGGGAACAACACUAGCGUUAAAGAAAUUGAGGAUAUACCAGAAGAUAAUGGAAUACGUUUCCGCGGAAAGCUCGUGCCGGAAGAGAUUCUUUGCAUCAUCUUCUCCUUCGUUCCUGGAAGGGACCUUUUGCGUUCAGUGACGUUCGUGUGCAAGUACUGGCACGACCUCCUCACACAUUACCACUUUUGGUUCAGAAAACUAGAAGUUGAAGGGAUCACCUUAUCAGAUAAAUCCAAAGAAAAACUGCUCUCGCUUGAUGAUGAAAGGAGUGUCCUGCAUAUACUGCAAGGGCUCGCUACACACCACUUGCCUCUCAACAGGAACCUGAUCAAGAAUCCUUGUGGUGCUAAUGGCAUGAAAUACUGGCAAUGCCAACACAACAAAAACAUGAUCACAGUAGAGUCCGAGCCCAUAGGUAGUGACCCAAUACCUGAAGAAGCAGAACUGCCGACACAGCACUGUUUCGUCACCUCGUAUAUGAUGAGCUGCAGAACGCAAACCUUUACACUGAAUAAGCUCGGAAUCUCACCAAAAAUGAUGGAUUUAUUGAAGCCAGAUAUCUAUGUGUGUCAAUGGGUGAGUGCAAGGUGGGACUGUCGAUCGCAGAGUGAGGUUGUGAUUGAGCUGUGUGGCACGCAAGAGACAAGGCGUGUCAAGCUGACGUGGAGUUCUGAUGACGACGGCGUUGUGGGGAGGAAGUGGUAUAAGAUGGAGACCACAAUAACAGACUACCCAGCAGGACUCUCUCGGAUAUCUUACUCAAGCUUUGGGAAGGACCUGCAGUUCUGGGCUGGAUUUUAUGGGUCGAAAACCACAGGAUCCACCUUGAAAUUGGUUUUCAACUGAGUUAGACAUUAAGUUAGAAUCAAAUACUCAUUUUUACUUAAAGAGAUUAAUUCUCUUGCUGUUUCUCUCUCCUCUUUCUUCCUUUUCCUUGUCUGUUCUCUAUUCUCUCUCUCUCUCUAUAUAUAUAUACAUAUACAGGAAGUCCCCAACUUAAGAACAUAAUGGGGACCAAGCGGCUGUUUGUAAGUUGAUUUGUUUGUAUGUCGAAAGUCGGGUCUCCAUUAUCUAUUUUCCCAUUGUUUUAAAGUUUUGUUUACAUUAAGAAUACCUGUAAAUAAAUCCCAAUAAGUACGACAUACCUUAUACAGUACCAGACUCUUGAACUAUAUUCGCGCCCGGGAAAUUUGAAGUUUGCUAGCAUCUUUCAAACAAUUUUUUGGACUUUAGUGUUUAAAAAAUUUUGUUUGUAUGUAUGGAAUGUUCAUAAGUAGAAUGUUCUUAAAUAGGGGACUAUCUGUAUAUUAAAGUUCCUCUUUUCUUUUCCUUUACAUACAUGCAUUUGUAUUGAUGCGCACAUAUAACAGUGUUAUUUUGUUUUUAUUUUAUUUUAUUUUUUCCCCCAGUUAUUAAUUCUCCUGCUCUAAAGUGACAGUCCUCAAACAAUUACUUAAAAAAAAGAGCAAGGUCCCUUACGAGUUUAAAACAUUCAAUAAAUAAUCUGUCCACAUUCAUCGGUUAGCAAAAGAGUUUGUUUACUGAUAAAUCUCUUCUUCAGAUUAUUUUAUCAGUUUAUCUUCAUCUUUAUGGUAGUAAAAUGAUUUACAAUAUUGCAUUUAAGAUUUUUUUAAUUUCAUAGAAUAUCCGGUUUUAUUGUUGUUGUGUUAUUUUGUGUUGGCAGCGCAUGUGUGUACAUGUAGUCCAUGCGUCUGCAGCAUGUGUGCGUGUGUGUGUAGCCCGAGUGUGUUAAGUGUGUGCGUGCAUGUGUAGCCAGUGCAUCUGCAGCGCAUGAGUGCAUGUGUAGCCUAUGCAUAUUCAUAUGAGAGAGAGAGAGGGGGAGAGAGACAGAGAGAGAGAGAGAGACAGAGACAGAGAGAGAGAGACAUACAGACAGAGACAGAGAGAGAGAGAAAGACAUACAGACA